AUGGACAUCUGCAACUUGGAAAUUCUUCAUAUUCAUUCGAACGCACGUUAUGUGGCAGAUUAUUUGGAGCGUUUUGAGAUUUGGUGUCUCACCCGCAAAAGUCUGGACGCCGAGAAGAAGACAGCACAUUUUCUCUCAGCUGUUGGAAAGGAAGCUUAUGCGCUGAUGAAAAAUUUGGCAUUCCCAGAGUCAUUAAUACAACUGAAGUAUGAAGAACUCAAGGAUCUGUUACUAAAGCAUUUCCAGCCAGUCAACUUCGAAGCAGCUGAACGAGCGAAAUUCCAUUACCUUGCUCGUGAUCCCAAUCAGUCUGUCCGAGACUUCAUUCUUCAGCUGCAGACUCAGGCUGCACACUGUAAUUUCAAAGAUCAGCUUCAAACUCAGCUCCGUGAUAGACUUGUUGCUGGAAUUAACUGUUCUGAGCUACAGUAG